CACAUCACGUAGACAAGUUGUACGCAGACAUUCACGUCGGAACACGUUCCUCACUGCUAUAGAAAAUGGCGAGCAAACAGCUGGGGAAGUUGAAACAGUGGGCCGGAGAAGUCAUCUCCUCCCGCGACAAGACUGUGGUGACGGACGAGUUUCGUGAGCUGGAACAGGACAUCGAGUUGAGGAGGCAGGGACUUUGGAGACUUCAUGUUGCAUCUGAAGACUACCAACAUACUCUCAGCAAGAAGAAAGAAUGUGAAGCUCUAGAUGAGGCCGAGAAGCUUCUUCCGAUAGAUGCCCUGGGUGUUGUCAUGAUUAAACAUGGUGAGGAGUUCGGCGAGGACUCAGCAUUCGGGACGUCGCUGGUUGGUAUGGGACGUGCUCUCUGCAAAGUUGCGACGCUACAAGAGACCUUCGCUCUGUCAUUCGAGGAUACGUUCCUGGCAUCCAUCAACCGCGCCGAGGACGAAAUCAAGGAAUACCAGGCACAACGCAAGAAGCUCGAGAGUAGAAGACUAAGCUACGAUGCCGCCAUGACCAAGUUGGAGAAGAUCAAGAACAGCAAAAAGGAGAAGGAGAAGGAGCGUAACGAAGCCGAGGAUGAGUACGCAAAGGCCCAAUCACGCUACGAGGAAACAGCUGAAGAUGUCCGAGCGCGGAUGCAGGCGAUUCAAGAGAACGAGGUCGCACAAUUACGCGAAUUGACGGCAUUCCUGGAUCUCGAAAUCCAUUUCGUGGCGCAAUAUUUGGACGUACUACAAGAUGUGAGGUCUUCGUGGGUCGAUGAGUGA